UUUAGUAGUGAAAAAAGCGGCAAUGGCACUAGGUAGAAGCAUGAGCAGCAGUGGCGCCGUUGCUCUUGGGUUGGUGCUAACCCUGUGCUUCGCAACCAGUGGUUUUAGCAAGACGGAGUGGAUAGUCGGAGGUUGGAAGGGGUGGACCUUUGGUGUUCAUGGCUGGGAGAGGAACAAGACCUUCUACCCUGGUGACGUGCUUGUGUUCAAGUAUAAUCCCAAGAUGCAUAACGUGGUGGUGGUGAAUAAAGAUGAGGAGUUCCUCUGCAGGGCCGGUGCUGUCGGGGACGAUACAUAUACCUCUGGCUACGACAAGCUCGAGCUCGGUAGCCAAGGCCCGAUGUACGCCAUCAGCAGCAAACCUGGAGACUGUGAGGGUGGAAUGAAGCUUGAAGUUCACAUCACAACGCGUAGAUGAUCCAUCUAUACUUCUAUAGGCUGAUAUGCCUGUCUUUUUUUAUUAUAUUCGUCAAAUAAUGGAAGGAAAUCCAAAUUAUGUG